UCACAGAGAUGAUGAGAGCGUUGGGCUUUCCUCGCUUGAUAUCGGUGGAAAACUUCCGAACGCCCAAUUUUACACUGGUGGCGGAAAUCCUUAUAUGGCUUGCUCAAUGUUAUGAUCCUCAGCUGGAAAUUCCAACGGACAUGAAAACAGAGUCAGAAAGAAUAUUCCUUAUCAAGACCGUGGCUCAGUUCAUGGCAACAAAAGCUCACAUAAGGAUGAACACCAAACGUCUUUACCAGGCUGAUGGCUAUGCAGUGAAAGAGAUGGUAAAGAUCACAGCGGUGCUCUACAAUGCUAUGAAGACCAAGCAGAUGGCACUGGGGGCCAGAGUGGACGAGGAAAACAACACUUUCAAGUUUGACCUGGGCUCUCGAAUUUCAGACCUGAAAGCAGCGCGACAGCUAGCAUCAGAGGCCACAUCGAAAGGAGCAUCGCUGUAUGAUUUAUUAGGAAAGGAGGUGGACCUGAGGAAAUUGAGAACUGCUGCCAUUGCAAGACCUCUUGAAAUUGGCGAGACUGAAAAGGCCUUGAGACAUGCCAUCAAAGAAGUCUUGGAAAGUGUGGAGAAGACCAAAGUCAUGAUGAGGAAUGUUGUUUCUGAUGUAGCCAGUCUGGAUGCCAAGAAAGAAAAGAAACAGUUGCAGUUGGAGAUGGUCCAGAGGAGACUCCAGACACUGCAAAGUGUGAGGCCGUUGUUUAUGGAUGAAUACGAGCAGAUCGAGGAGCAGCUGGAGGAGCAAUACAAGAUGCAGGUGGAAAACUUUUCCAACUUUUAUUUUCUUGAGUCUCAGCGGGAAAAACAUCUCAGACAAGAGGAGGAAAACACUCGAAAGAGGAUGGUGCAGCAAAUCAAGGAGAAGGAUGGCGAUUAUAUGAGUUCAUUUAAUGAGGAAGAUACUGUUGAGGAAAAAAGCCAGGAUGGUGAGACGGAAGGAUGUCAAAUGUCUGAUCAACAGCUCCCUCUUAAUGACAUCAUAGCAGGAACGACCAUCGCAAACAUGCUGGCUGGUGACUCUGAUGAGUCAGAAGACAGUGAUAGAGAUGAAGAAGAUGAGGGCACGGAAAUGGAGGGCUUUUUGAAGGGCACAGAGACCAUGAGGCCUCACACUUCCAGGGGAGGCAUGAAACACCCUCUGCUGGCAAAGAGUGAUGAUGACUUUUGAAUAAAGAAUACACAUUUUAAAGUGACUAACCCUAACUUACAAAACCCCAUUUACUAGAAAAGUGUGACAAUACAAAGUCCUUACUCUAAUCCGAACCCCCAACCAGCCUUGAUCCACAUUAAACCCUCUUCUGAAAAAGAGUACACACAUUCAAAGUCCAAACUCUUUACCCUAAAUUGCACAGUUACCCUUUCUAGACUUUUCAUUUUACCUUUGCUGUCCAG